AUGCCCAUCCCUUUAGUGGGAACUGGAACGCUGCGAGCCAGGGAAGGAACCAAAGAGUGCCAACCAACGUCCGCGUCUGCGAGACAGACGUGGGCACCACCUGGCCCCCCUGCAGCUGCUGGUGGGAGAGAAAGGGGCGAGGGCUGGCAGAGUCCCUCCGCGGCCUCCCACCCCGUGCGGCGGGAAGAAGGGGGCCCACAACGGGGCGGGCUCGGACACAGCCGCGAGGAUCCCCGAGGCCCUCCGACCCGGCCCCGAGCCCCUCUCCUACCUCGAGCUGAGGGGAGCGGGGGUGACCGCGAGUCGAGCCCAGGGCAGACCCGGGGUUGGUGUGGUACAGAAAAUCCACAGGAUGCUUUUCGUAUCUUGACUCCCGCCGUCUGCGCGAGGCCAUUUGCAAGCGGUGGCGCCUUGGGUCUGACUUCCAGUUCCAACGUGCGAGGUGAAUGGAUUGCAGCAGUCACCAUCGUGGCUGGGACAGCUGCAACUGGAUACCUAGCUUACAAAAGAUUCUGUGUUAAAGAUCAUCGCAGUAAAUCUAUGGUGAAACUUCACAUCCAGAAAGACAACCCCAAGGCAGUACACGCCUUUGACAUGGAGGAGAUAAAAGCUGUGUACUGCCGUUCUUGGAGGUCCCAAAAGUUCCCACUCUGCGAUGGAUCUCACACAAAACACGACGAAGAGACUGGAGACAAUGUGGGACCUCUGAGCAUCAGAAAAGGAGAAACUUAAAUGGACACUUCUGGUAAUACAAAUCAACUAGUCGUGAUGUUACCCGAUUAUUUAAUUAGAAUGGCUGCCACUUCUGUCUAAUUCACCUCGCCUGGGUUCUAAUGGGGUAU